AUGAGGGUUGAGCAUUGCUACUUUUGCUCGGCACCGUCGUACCCCGGUCGCGGUAUCGUGUUUGUGCGGAAUGACUCGAAAGUAUUCCGAUUCUGCAAGUCGAAAUGCCAUAAGAACUUUAAGAUGAAGCGAAACCCACGCAAGGUGCGUUGGACGAAGGCGUUCCGUAAGGCGGCCGGCAAGGAAAUGACGGUCGACGCGACGCUCGAGUUUGAGAAGCGCCGCAAUGUGCCUGUGCGCUACGACCGUGAUCUUGUCACCGCGACGCUGAGUGCCAUGCAACGCAUCCAGGAGAUCAAGGCCCGUCGCGAGCGCGCCUUUUACCGUGCUCGUAUGUCCAAGGCCGCUGGUGGCAAUGUCAAGGAAAAGGCCAAGCAGGUCGAUCGUCUUGCCGUGCACCGCCACCAGCAUCUGCGCAAGGCGAUCCAAGCCGAUGCUGCGAAGGACGAGCGCCAAAAAGUCAAGGUGGCCGCGCGCAAGAGUGCGCUUGUCAGCGCCGGCGACCAAGGCAUGUCGAUGGAUAUGCAAGAGUAA